GCUGGGACCCGAGGAGCAGCAUCCUCGCCUUGGCUGUGGCUGCAGCUCUCCCUUCUCGCGGGUUGGAGCCAGGGCUAGAGAAGCCCUCAUUUAUGUGCCUAGAGAGCUUCAUUGAACUGUUGCUCGGAGCCAGGCCCUUACUUCGUUUCACCUCACUCCUUUCCCUGCUUUCACUGUCCCUGUUGUUUCCGUAAUUUACGACCCUAUGACUCUCCUGCCCAUUGCACAGGGGGGUUUCAAGGGAAAAUUCAAGUGUCUGAGGGGAGCGACUCUGAGCACCGCAGUGAGCUGUCCACGGUGCUGACGCUACCCGGGCAUCUCAACCAGCUCUCGAAAGGAUUAAAUGGCCCUUUUUCAUUGCUGUCUUUCUGGUUCCCCAUGCCUUGGAUAAGACUAUUUUUCAGGAUCGUGAAUAUCUCUCCGUAUCAUGGCCCACGUGAGACACUUUCGAACACCAGUUUCUGGAUUUUACUUCUGGGAAGCAGCCCUGUUACUCAGUUUGGUUGCCACAAAGGAAACAAAUAGUGCGAGAUCUAGAAAUGCUCCAAUGUCACCUUCUGACUUCCUGGACAAAUUGAUGGGGAGAACAUCAGGGUAUGAUGCGAGAAUAAGACCUAACUUUAAAGGUCCCCCAGUUAAUGUCACAUGCAACAUAUUCAUAAAUAGCUUUGGCUCUAUUGCAGAGACAACAAUGGAUUACAGAGUAAAUAUCUUUCUUCGUCAGAAAUGGAAUGAUCCUCGUCUUGCAUACAGCGAAUACCCCGAUGAUUCUUUGGACCUCGACCCAUCCAUGUUGGACUCCAUUUGGAAACCUGAUUUGUUCUUUGCUAAUGAAAAAGGUGCCAACUUUCAUGAAGUCACUACAGAUAACAAAUUGCUAAGAAUUUUCAAAAAUGGAAAUGUCCUUUAUUCAAUAAGAUUAACAUUAACACUUUCCUGUCCAAUGGAUCUCAAGAAUUUUCCAAUGGAUGUACAAACAUGUAUAAUGCAACUAGAAAGCUUUGGGUACACAAUGAAUGAUCUCAUUUUUGAAUGGCAAGAUGAAGCACCCGUCCAAGUGGCAGAAGGACUCACUUUGCCUCAGUUUCUAUUGAAAGAAGAAAAAGAUUUACGAUAUUGUACUAAACAUUAUAAUACAGGAAAGUUUACAUGUAUAGAAGUGCGAUUCCAUCUGGAAAGACAAAUGGGAUACUACCUGAUCCAGAUGUACAUUCCCAGUCUCCUGAUCGUGAUUCUAUCUUGGGUUUCAUUCUGGAUUAACAUGGAUGCAGCGCCAGCCAGGGUAGCUUUGGGCAUAACCACUGUGCUAACAAUGACCACUCAGAGCUCAGGAUCCAGAGCUUCUUUACCAAAGGUGUCAUAUGUCAAAGCAAUUGACAUUUGGAUGGCAGUGUGCCUCCUUUUUGUGUUUUCAGCACUUCUGGAGUAUGCAGCAGUAAAUUUUGUAUCAAGACAGCAUAAAGAACUUUUGAGGUUUCGACGCAAGAGAAAGAAUAAGACAGAAGCUUUUGCAUUGGAGAAGUUUUACCGUUUCUCAGACACGGAUGAUGAGGUAAGAGAAAGUCGAUUCAGCUUCACAGCCUAUGGAAUGGGACCGUGUCUUCAAGCAAAAGAUGGUGUUGUUCCAAAAGGCCCAAACCAUGGUGUUCCGGUCAUGACUAAGAGCCCUGACGAAAUGAGGAAGGUCUUCAUUGACCGAGCAAAGAAGAUUGACACCAUCUCCCGAGCCUGCUUCCCACUGGCAUUUUUGAUUUUUAACAUUUUCUACUGGGUUAUCUAUAAAAUUCUUAGGCAUGAAGAUAUUCAUCAGCAAAAAGAUUAAGUCUCUGAAGGCAAAUGAAAACAUUCAGUUCAGAAGACUGCAUGGUCAUUGUAGGUGUGUGUGUGUGUGUGUAUACACACCUAUAUGUAUGCUGGACAAAUGAU